CGAAUAUUGAGUUUACAGCACAUUCUAGUCUUUACCUGUAUCUAACAACCCUAUUAUAUUCACAGGCGCGCACUGGGUGUUCUCUCGCGGUCGUCAAUCGUCGGUUCACCGGGUAGACUGACUCGGAGAAUUCUCAAAAGAGAGCCGAAGAGGGAAAAAAAUCGAAGAAAGAAGCAGCAGGGCUUGCAAGUUACAACAGAGAAACAAAGAUGGCGGGGGUUGCUGAAGCUCCAAAUAGAUCGGCCAGACCUCUUCCUCCUCCUCAGGCUAGAGGGCCUCCACCUCCUGCUCGUCCGCGCUUUGAGCCUGUCGAUCGUGAGAAGACUUGCCCUCUAUUACUUAGGGUUUUCACUAAGAUUGGAAGCCAUCAUGCCAAGGAAGAUUUUGCAGUGAGGGGAAAAGAGCCCAAGGAGGAAGUCCAAAUUUAUACAUGGAAGGAUGCUACUCUUCGUGAAUUGACAGAUCUGGUCAAAGAGGUUGCUCCCGCAGCAAGGAGAAGAGACGCAAAGUUGUCAUUUGCAUUUGUAUAUCCUGAUAAACAUGGGCGUUAUGUGGUUAGACAGGUGGGAAUGACUCAUUCUUAUGGAAAUGGGAGACGAUUGGAUGACAGCAAGGCACUGGCUGAACUUAGUUUUCAGAUUGGAGAUUAUUUGGACGUGGCAAUCUUGUAGACAAGAAGCUUGUGGAACUGAUGAUGUUUAGUAAUGGUCUAAUGGACAAACACAGUUGAUGUCACAAGAUAAUCUAGUAGAUAACCGUGGAUUCAUCUUGGAAUGGUGCUUCACUUUUAAAUGUUGGUUAGACCACAAAACAUUUCCCUUUAAGUGUCAUGGACGUGUAUCUUUGUUCUGAAAACGUUUCAAGUGUUUAAACUUAAACUAAUCUGCUUUGAAUUUGAAUAUUUUUGAGUUUUCUCAAACCUUGUCUUCUUUAACAAUGGAAUUUUUAACCAACACGAGUGAUUUCUAGUCACCGAGUCGGUUCUGAAUAAGACUUUUGUUACCAAGUCAA